AUGUUUACCAUUUCGAAUAGUUAUGGUCAAGUUUAUGUUUCUCAAAAUUUUGUGGAUGUCAUUUCCAUAGCUACCCAAAGAUACGUCCACAGUAAGGAAUGGAUGCAAUACAUGACAGAAGUUGGUUUCAUGUUUCCAGGAGACGAUUCGUGUAGAAGUGGUUUGGAAUUUCCAGCCACUUUCAACUAUACUAAACUAAACUUGAAUUUAUGUUAUGAAAAAUCGGCCGAUACAACUCGAAUGGUUUUUAAUAAUAUGGCAGCCAGAUUAUUGAUUCAAACUAUUCGAAAUCAAUAUCCUUCCACACAUUCUGAAUUGAAUGGAACAAUGAUUCCACUCGAUGUUUCGAAUGGAGUAUUCGAAGUCAUGAAAGAAGCAGUAAAUUCUGGAGUUUGUGAUGUUGCAAUUGCAGCAGUCAAUUGGGCAGAAGACAGAAAAACUCAAGUUACCUUACUCUGUCCAUAUGCUGCCAGUGGAGCUGGAUUUAUUCGAUCAGAAAAGGAUAAUUCCACAAUUUCCAUUGCAAACGAAAAGGAAAUGGACAAGAAUGGAGUCAUAGUUUCGGUCGUGACCAAAUCCACAUACGAAACUUGGGCCAAAUCCAAUCUGAAAAAGGCCACCAUCAUUUCUUACCCAUCAUUCGAAAGUGGCUGGCAAUCCAUCCUCAACCAAACAAGCCACACCUUUCUCUACAAUUCGAAUGCAAUUUAUUCCAGAAUGAAAGAGUUGAAAGCUCUGAAAUUAUGCUCAUCGUGUUAUCUGAAAGUUUAUGGAGAUAUUACACCAUUUUCAUCACUAAUUACGAACAAGAUAUUGAGUAGUGGAUCAGUGAGUCAAAUUUCAUCUUGGCAGAUUCAAUUAUUGAAUUCUUUCUCAAUAAUUUUUGUAAUUUUCAUAAAUUUCUUGAUUUUGUAA